AUGGAGCGUCUCCAGGUGUGGGGUUUCUUCGGCCUCAUCGUCCUCACCACCGCCCAGAGCACCACGAACAGCCCCGACCCUCAGCCCUCCUACCUGCUGCUGGUCCCCAGAACCCUCCGUCCAGGAGUCCCAACAUCAGUGACCGUCACCAUCCUCGCCGGCUCCCCGGUCACCGUGUCCGCUCACAUCGUUCAUGGCGAACAGAACGUGGCCUCAAACUCUGCUACAGUGAAAGCAGGUUCAACCGAGCUGCUGAUUUUACCAGCUAUCCACGAGAGCGAGUCCAGCUACAUGUACCCUUACAACCUGGAGGUGAAAGGUCACGUAGGCAGCGUGGAGGUUUUCUCCAACUCGACGCAGCUACACUUCGACCCCAAAGGCCACUCCACCUUCAUUCAGACGGACAAAAUGACCUAUCGACCCGGGCAGAAGGUGAGGAUCAGAGUGGUCUCCAUCCUCCCCGACGGGAAGCCCUUCACCAGCCCGGUGAACGUCACCAUCAGGGAUCCCAGGGGGAACCGGCUCAGACAGUGGCUGUCUCUGGACGGCGUCCUCGGGGUUGUGUCCAAAGAGUAUGAGCUGUCUGAAUACCCUCCUCUGGGUGAAUGGACCAUCGUCACUACAGUCGGCAGUGUUUCAACCGAGAAGCGUUUCACCGUGGCUCAUUACACGCUGCCGAAGUUUGACGUUGUGAUAGAAGCUCCGCGGGUCAUCUUUCACGAAGACCCUCUGUGGUUCUCCGUCAUGGCAAAGUACAUGUACGGGAUGCUUGUUCACGGAUACAUCAAUGUAACGUACCUCCAUAGGUUCCAUGGUGUUGAAGAGGCUUAUGAUGAACGUAGAGAGAUCGACGGCAGCACGGACUUCAUGUUUAACGUUCCCAACUACGACUACCACGAGAUGAGCAGAAGAGCUCUGGACAUGGACUAUUAUGACGAAUACAUGGACGAGGAGUGUUUAAUGAUUGUGGUUCAUGUGACUGAUCACAUCACAGGUCUCACAUAUAACAGUACAGCAAAGGUGUCUAUGGCAAAGUACAGAUAUACAAUUUCCUUUGAUGGCUACCCCAAAAUAUUGAGGCCGACUCUGAACUUUGCUGCCAUGCUGAAAAUAUCAACGUACAACAAUCAGCCGCUGUCACCGGAGGAUCAGGGAAAGAUGGUUCAUGUGUCAGUGAUGCAGCAAAACACAAGUCCGUGGAGUUGGAAAAUGGACAUUAAAGAAAGAGAAAACUGGCCUCGUCGAUCUAACAUGUCGGUCACUUGGGGAGUUGGGAGUCCUCAGCCAGAGGAGAUGCUUUCUGAAGAAACGGAGUUUCCUGUCCCUGCAGACGGAUGCAUACCCCUCAACAUCCGGGUCAUGACCGAAACGGAAACACUCACCAUCGAUGCUUAUUUUGAGGACAGCCAUGCCACUCUCCAACUCUAUAGAAGCUACAGAUCCCCCAGUCAGUCCUACCUGAAGAUCCAGAAACCUUCCAGUCCUCUAGAGGUUGGUUCCCCCGUCCUGCUGCACGUUGAGAGGAAUUUUCCAAUGACUGAGAUCCACUAUGUGGUGAAGUCCAGAGGUCAGGUGGUGUCUGCUGGGAGAAGCAUGGAAGGAGAUCUCUCUCUGGUCCCAGAAGUCACCUGGGCUCCUCUGGCCUGCAUCAUCGUCUACUGUGUGCAUCCCAGCGGCGAGAUCAUCAACGACGUGGUGCAGCUUCCCAUGACCCAAACUUUACAAAACAAGGUAUCUCUGAGCUGGAGCGACGCUACGAGAAGACCAGGUGAGAAGGUCACGCUGAGGGUCACGGUGGCGGAGCCCGCCUCUCUGGUCGGCAUCCUGGUGGUCGACAAGGCGACCGGGUGGAAGGGAUCGUACAAUGACAUCACCGAGGCGAGGGUGGUGAAGGAGAUGAAGGAUAACGGCAUCGCCGUGGCCGACGCCUACUCUGACAUGAUGACAAUGGGAGAUCCAUACUCCGUCUUCAAGAAAUGUGAUCUUGUGGCAUUGACGGAUGCCAGUUUACACAAGAUGAAAAGUCCACCUAGGCCUACAUUUCCAGGGGAGGGAAUAAAUGAAAUCACCCAGACAGACGGUUCACAUAUGGAGCCACGAGAGCGCCGGGACUUCCCAGAGACCUGGAUAUGGAUGGACACCAACACAAGUAAUUCAGAAACAGAGAUAACUCUGACUGUACCAGACAGCAUCACGACCUGGACAGCCACCGCCUUCGUCCUGUCUGAGAACCUCGGCCUCGGCUUCGUAGAGAAGCCUGCAGAGCUCAAAGUGUUCAAGGAUUUCUUCCUGUUCUUGAACCUCCCGGCCUACAUCAUCCGAGGAGAGGAGCUGUUGCUGGAGAUCAUUCUGUUCAACUACCUCCCACAGCACCUGGAGGUCACGAUAAUCGUUGUAGAGAGCGAAACCUUUGAGUUCAUCCUCUCGGACAAUGAGGAGCUCUUCAUGCCCGGUGUUCUCACGGUGCCCGUGGGGAGUCGGAGCGGAGAAUCCGUCCUCAUUCCCAUCAAGCCGGUGAACCUCGGAGACAUCGACAUCGUGGUGAAAGCCAAAUCGUCUGCUGGGAUGGACAUGGUCCGCAGGACGGUGCUCGUCAAGGCCGAGGGACUCGAGCGGUCGUUCUCCGCCUCGCUGCUGUUUGAGCUUUCUGAGUCGAGUGUUUCCAGAGAGGUCGGGUUCACCUUCCCGGCAGACGUCGUGGAGGGCAGCGCGAGAGCCUCGGUGACGGCUGUCGGCGACAUCCUCGGCCCGUCCAUCAGCGGCCUGGACUCCCUGAUCCUGAUGCCUUACGGCUGCGGGGAACAGAACAUGAUCAACUUUGCCCCGAACGUCUACGUUCUGCAGUAUCUGAGCGCCGUGGGACAGGCGGACCAGGAGACCACGGAGAGAGCCGUGGACUUCAUGAUGAAGGGUUAUGAGCGAGAGCUGACCUAUCAGAGAGCAGACGGCUCCUUCAGUGCCUUCGGAGACCACGACGCGUCUGGAAGCACCUGGCUCACGGCGUUCGUGUUGAGGUGUUUCCUGCAGGCGCGGCCGUUUGUCGCCAUCGAUGCCGUCGUGCUGCAGAGAGCGGCGGUCUGGCUGGCGGCCCAGCAGGGGGCCGAUGGGAGAUCAGGGGAGCACGGCGACGUCAUCCACACCGAGCUCCUGGGAGGCCUGGACGGCCCCGUGUCCCUCACCGCCUACGUCCUCAUCGCCCUGCUGCAAGACAGUGACAUCAGGGCUCAGUACGGCGGCCAGGUGUCUGCGGCCCUGAUGUUCCUGGAGACCCGUCUGGCCCUCGGCGUCUCCAGUAACUACAGCCUCGCCAUGCUCAGCUACGCUCUGGCUCUGUCCGGCAGCUUCAGCGCCGACGCGGCACUCAGCGAGCUGAUUGGACGAGCCGAGAUGAGAGACGGCGUCCCGACGUGGUCCUCCACAGACGGUGGCCUGUCCUCAUCGUGGCAGCCUCGCUCUGCCGACAUGGAGAUGGCGUCCUACGUGCUGCUCGCUCAACACCAGCUGGGUCACAUCACGGAGGGCCUCGGCCUCAUGAAGUGGCUCAGCCAGCAGAGGAACCACAGGGGGGGGUUCGGGAGCACCCAGGAUACGGUGGUGGCUCUGCAGGCCUUGUCCCAGUUCGCAGCGCUCAUGCCUCAGAACACCGACCUCAAGAUCACGGUGAACGCCGUCGCCUCCACCGCCGUGGCCUCCUUCUACAUCAGCCGGGACAACCACCUGGUCCACCAGACCCAGCAGAUCGAUCCAGACGAGCUGAGCCUGCAGGUGUCUGCAGAAGGCCGAGGACUCGCUCUGCUUCAGCUGAACGUGUUUUACAACGUCAGGGACGAGGAGCCGACGAGGAGGAGGCGAUACGCUGGCGAACACGAGGCGUUUGAUCUGUACGUCGAGCUGUAUGACAAAGAGAUGAACUGGGCACAUCUGCGUAUCUGCAGCAGUCUGUCGAAGGCUCUGGGUCUGAACGCCACCGGCAUGGUCAUCGUGGAGGUGGGUCUGCUGAGCGGCUUCAGCCUGCCGCCGGACGGCAUCCCGACCGACGGCGUCGUAAAGAAAGUGGAGACGAAGCCGGGGAAAGUCAUCCUGUACCUGUCCUCUGUGACGACGGAGGAGACUUGUCUUCUGAUUCCUCUGGUCCUGGAGUAUAAAGUCGGCAAAGUCCAGCAGGCGAUUGUUGUCAUCUAUGAUUAUUAUGAGCCAAGACGCAUGACGAUGAGGACGUAUGAAUCAGAGUGGCGAGGAGACAUGUCCUCUUGCUACUUCUGCGGCGGCGACUGCAGCUCGUGCAGACAAGAUGACUAUUAUGACUACGACAUGAUGUCGAGCGGCAGCCACGUCGCCCUGAUGACCAGUUUAACACCGGCUCUGCUCCUCCUCCUCCUCCUCACCAUCGCUGUCUUCGACGUGUAA